AUGCCCGAUAACCUUCCUUCCCAGGAAAAUAUCGCCUUUUUCAAUGGACAACUGCUGCCGGAAAGGGAUGUAGGAAUUUCGAUUCGCGACCGAGGGUUCAUCUACGGAGACGCAGUUUUUGACGCCACUCGCACAUUCAACGGCCAGACAUUCAAGCUCCGGGAACAUGUAGAACGACUGUACAAUUCGUUGCGCUACCUUCGGAUUGACCCGGGUAUAGACCCUGCAAAAAUGGAGCGGUGGUCCCUUGAAGUAGUAAACCACAACUAUCCUCUGCUGCCCCCGGGUCAGGAUAUGUGGGUAAUGCAGCGGAUCAGUCGCGGCGUCGAAUCGUCGGAGCCGGGAGCGGAGUCGCGACCCACCGUUCUGAUUGAAAGCCACGCCAUACCUUUCGCUCGUCGAGCCUCUCUUUACCGCGAUGGUAUCAGGGUCGUAACGCCUUCCGUACCGCGCAUCCCUCCCCGGUUUGUCAGUCCCCGGGCCAAGACUCACAAUUAUCUGAACCUGAUCAUGGGAGAACUGGAGGUCCACGAGACUGACCCCGAUGCCUGGGCCGUGCUGCUGGACGAGUCAGGCAACCUUACUGAAGGCAAGGGCAGCAAUAUUUUCUUGGUCAAGGACGGCACUGUAGCUACACCCCAAGGUCGUUUCGUGCUGGAGGGUAUCACUCGCAGCGCAGUGCUGGACCUGGCGUCCGGCCUCAGCCUGCCUGUUGCCGAGGAAGACCUCGACUUGUUCGACGCCUAUACUGCCGACGAAGCUUUUCUCACUUCCACCAGCCUGUGCAUCUGUCCCAUUUCUUCCAUAAACGGAGCCAGGAUAGGAGACGGCAAGGUGCCAGGGCCCGUUACCAAUCAACUGAUGGCCGCGUUCAGCGAUAUGGCUGGAAUGGAUUAUGUGAACCAAUACCUGUCGCACUUGCCUUCCUGA